AACCUGAGUGUACAGGAUUCGGGAUUAUAUCAGUGUGGCGAGAACCGAACAUGGAACCGUAAAAUGAAUCUGACAAUAAAAGAAGAUCCGUGUUGUUUGAGUCCUAACACUGUGGCUGGUUAUCUGGGAGAGACGGUCACCAUCAGCUGUUCAUAUCCAGAGGAGUUUGAGAGAAACACAAAGCUCUUCUAUAAAUGGACUGGAGAAGAUUUUCUUGAAGUGAUCGACACCACAGUAACUCUGAUGGACAGGUUCUCCAUCUCUGACGACAGAAGAUCUAAAGUUCUCAGAGUGAGAAUCAGUGAUGUGAGAGAAGAUGAUGGAGGAGUGUAUUACUGUGGAGCUGAGGAAAGAAUGGGGUCAAUCAGCUAUAAGUCCUUCUUCACGGAGAUUCAGCUCCAGGUUUCUGAAGGAAAAGAAACAACAGCAACAGCAUCAACCACAGCGUCUGUCAGGACCACAGCAACAGGAAAAACGCCAGCCGCCUUUGAAGAACAUUUCACUUUCUCCAUGAUCAUCACUGCAUGCGCCUGUGUGGCUCUGCUGCUGAUUGGAGGAUCAGCAAUCACCUACUAUAAACUGAGAUGCGAGAAAACACAAGAGUCUUCCUUCAUCAGAAAACGAUCAGGAACAAAUGAAAUGGUAGGUGAAUGGGUUUGAUGAAGUAUGAAAACAGC